AUGCCGGCGGCGUCGCCCACCCUCUUCUUCUUCGCGGCUUCGGCGGCAUCACUGAUGCUGGCGUUCCUGUCGGGUGACGACCCCGUAGGGCCUGUGGUACGGACGCAGCAGGGACUCGUGCGAGGGGCAUUCGACACCUCACAUGGCGGCCGCAAGUUCCUGGGCUUCCAAAACCUGCCCUACGCCAAGCCGCCCGUGGGACAGCUGCGCUUCAGAAGCCCUCAGCCUCCAGACCCUUGGGUGGAUAUCCGUGAUGCCACAGCUCCAGGGCCUGUAUGUCCACAGAAUAACCAGUUGGGACCUAACCAAAGGGAAGACUGCCUGUACCUGAACAUCUUCACUCCAGAGCUGAAACCUGCGGAGCUGUUCCCAGUGAUGUUUUGGAUUCAUGGUGGUGGCUGGGUUUCAGGAACUGGUGUAGGGUAUAAAGCAGGCUAUCUCAUCGACAGCAAUGUGGUGCUCGUCACCAUAAACUAUCGCCUCGGGCCUCUAGGUUUCUUGAGCACGGAUGACGAAAACUGUCCAGGAAAUUUUGGCCUCAAGGAUCAAGUGGCAGCCUUGAAGUGGGUGAAAGAGAAUAUAGAGGCAUUUGGUGGUAAUCCUAACGAUGUGACGAUCUUCGGUAAUAGUGCAGGAGCCGCUAGUGUGCACUAUCAUAUGUUAUCUACUGCAUCGAAAGGUCUCUUCAACAAGGCUAUCUCAGAGAGCGGCGUUGCACUGGCAACUUGGGCGCGUCCAGAGCCCGGUCUAGAUAACGCCCGCAAGAUUGCUGUCCUGGUGGGAUGCCCAUCAGAACCCAGUGCCGCGCUCGUCGAAUGCCUCAGGGGCGUCGACGAACCCACACUCACUGCAGCCGCAUUAAAUUUAACUGAAUGGUUCUUCUGCCCUAUGGCGCAAUUACGCCCAGUAGUUGAGAAAAAAAGUGAAGAUUCUUUCCUGUCCGACAACCCGUUGAACUUAAAGCCUCACUCUGCUGUUCCAUGGCUUGUAGGAGUUAAUUCAGAAGAAGGAGCCGUAUUUACAGGAGCUUUCGUUGAAUAUCAUACGAUGUUAGAAGACCUGGACCGCAACAGCGACAAGCUUUUCCCCGUCUGCUUUGCUUAUCAGACGUCACCACGAGCUAAACUGAUAACUGAGAGGAUUCGGGACUUCUAUUUCUCAUCCAACCCCCUUACAGUCAGCGGAUCCACUGAUAUGAUCAGUGAUGGUAUAUUUACAUGGAAAACAGACGAGUCCAUUAGGAGGUACAACGAUACACAAGCUAUUUAUUACUAUCUCUUUUCGUACAGAGGAAAAUAUAGUAUGUCAGAUAUAUAUGCAAUUGGCGACGUAAAUAUAGGUGUUUCCCAUGGAGAUGAAGCGUUUUACUUAUUUUCAAACAAUCCAUACAUGCCAAUAACUGGAGACCUACCGGCAAAGGAUAUUGAAAUGGCUAAGACGUUAACUAAACUAUGGACAGACUUUGCAAAAACAGGGAAUCCAACCCCGGAUGACGACCCAUUGCACUGGCCGCAAGUAACGUUUGGGAGAGAGCUGCAGUACCUACGUAUAGGUGAAAAGUUGGAAGUGAAGAAGGGACUCUUCCAGAAGAGAAUCGACUUUUGGAAAUCACUACCUUUCUGA